CUGGGUGAACUUGGCAAGCCCUCCCGGCGGUAGAUGGGGAACACUUUGUGCCGAGCGCCCGCCAGCCAGGCCCUCCUCCUUCCCGCGGGCGCCAUAGGGCCUGGACGCCUGCGCUGUCCGUAGGUCUUGGGUCUUUCGAAGCCGAGUACCUUGCACCUGGCCCGCAGCUCUGGAUUCCUACGCUUUGUCUCCGCUGUCGUCACCGAUCGCUUGUUUCUAUGGACGUUCAAAUAUGUGGGCACCGCGAGUAGUCAAGGGGGUCGUAUAGAUGCCAUGGCCCAUUUCAAAACAAAGCUCAAUUAUAAGCGCGUAGCGGCUGUUUAUGCCAGCCCAGUUUCAGAUCCCCGAGGGCUUCUGUCAACUAGAAUUCAGAGGAAGCUCCGUCCUGGCAAAAAGAACUGGCCUCGAGGCACUUUUGAGACCCUCACCUCGUUUAGGUUCCGACUGCAAGAGCCUAGGCAGACUGCUGGGUUUGGGGCAAGGGGACGUACUGCGUGCUUGGUGGCUGUGCACCAAGCCCUGAAGGUGGCAGGGACGGUAAUGCCUCUAUCUCCGGGACCCACAUCUUCCCACGGUCCCCACUCCCCUCUGGCCAGGGUUACACUCGCUGCGCCGUCUCUAAAGUGCGUCACGGACGGGCACCGGCCGUGCUGCUCCACCGGCUAGGGUGAGGUUGGCUCCGGGCCAGCUCAGGCUGGGCCAGAAGCGCUUGGCCAUCACCCGGCCUAGAGACCAGGGAGUGGAAAGUGCUCAAGUUGCGCAGCAUCGGGAUCGGUAGCGGGGACACUCUCCCUUAGGGGCUCAGCGUCCCCGAUAGGCCUCGGCAACCCUCCAGGGCACGAGGUGACACCCCUUAGGUUCUCUAGGCGCGUGGAGUCCGGGAGAUUUCUUCAGGGGAAACUGCACGGCAGCCUCUUUGGGUUCCUCGCCCCGCCCCGGGUCUCCGCCCCCUCCCUUUGGCUAGGGAUCCCGGACCCGCCGGCGACCGCCUAAGAAGCUCCAGCAGUCUUGAUCUGGAGGCGGCUAGGGGCCGCUGAGCCUCUUGCUAAGGACUGGUCCCGCCAUGUGACCGGGUCCUCCUGCCUGUGAACCCAGCACCAGCGCCCAGCGGCCCGGAGCAUCAUGCUCCUGACGGGACACCCGCGCCUACCGCCAGCGCCCCAAUCCGCGCAGAAUCCCGGCCUCCGCAGGCAGGUAGAACCUCCGGGGCAGUUCCUGCGCCUCUUCUACUGCACGGUCCUGGUGUGCUCCAAAGAGACCUCCGCGCUCACCGAUUUCUCUGGUUACUUAACCAAACUCCUGCAAAACCACACCGCCUAUGCCUGUGAUGGGGACUAUCUGAAUCUACAGUGCCCUCGGCAUUCUACAAUAAGCGUCCAAUCUGCAUUUUAUGGGCAAGAUUACCAGAUGUGUAGUUCCCAGGAGCUCACCUCCCAGAGGGAAGACAACUUGACCUGUGUGGCAUCCACCACUUUGCAGAAGGUGCUGGACGAGUGCCAGAACCAGCGAGCCUGCCACCUCCUGGUCAAUAGCCGUGUCUUUGGACCUGACCUUUGUCCAGGAAGCAGUAAAUACCUCCUGGUCUCCUUUAAAUGCCAGCCUAAUGAACUGAAAAACAAGACUGUGUGUGAAGACCAGGAGCUGAAAUUGCACUGCCACGAGUCCAAGUUUCUCAAUAUCUACUCUGCCACCUAUGGCCGGAGGACCCAGCAAAGAGACAUCUGUUCCUCGGAAGCUGAGCUGCUGCCCCCCUUUGACUGCCUGUCUUACACGGCUUUGCAAGUCCUGUCCAGGAGGUGCUAUGGGAAGCAGAGAUGUAAGGUCCUCGUCGAUAACUACCACUUCGGAAGCCCCUGUCUUCCAGGAGUGAAAAAAUACCUCACUGUUGCCUACGCAUGUGUUCCCAAGAACAUACUCAUAGCGGCCGAUCCAGCCGUUGCUAACCUAAGCCCUUCUCUGAAGAAAGAUGAGGACUCUGGUACGAAAUUCAACCCAAGCGGCUCGAGGGUUGUGCGGAAAGAUGGCAUCAUCGUCAGCAACUCCCUGGCUGCGUUUGCUUACAUUCGAGCCCACCCCGAGAGAGCCGCCCUGCUGUUCAUGUCUAGCGUCUGCAUCGGCCUGCUCCUCACACUGUGUGUCCUGGUCAUCAGAGUGUCCUGUGCCAAGGACUUCCAGGAGCUGAGGCAGGGGAGGGAGCACCUGGUGCGAGAGAGCGACAAGGCCGAAGAGGACAGCGAGGAGGAGGAGGAGGAAGAGCAGGACUCCUCAGACUCCGAGUUGCCUGUGGAAUUGUCCAGGUUUUGUAGGACUUCAUAUCCAGCCUACAGCUCCUUAGAGGCUGCUGAGCUGGCAGAAAGGAUUGAGCGCAGGGAGCAAAUCAUUCAAGAAAUAUGGAUGAACAGUGGCCUGGACUCCUCACUUCCAAGGAACACGGGCCAUUUCUACUGAAAACCAGACGCGUCUGGAUGAGAUCACACUUUCUGAAGAAGGAAGGAUCCAGAAUGUCCUGUGUCCCCGCCUCCUUGAGUUCUGGUUCACUUGUACCUUCUGUGAAGGAGAAUCUGCCGUGUCAUCCGAGAUGGGUGAAGCCGGAAAGCUGUCAAAGGGAUGUUUCACACUGUUUACAGCACACCCUGGAAUAAAUUAGGAGCAAGACAUGGGGUCUUGUACUUGUUUGAGUUCAUGUCUAUACAUUAAUAACUCUAUACAUGAUUGAGAUUCACAUUUACUCGGCACCUAUAAUGCCAGGUGUCGGUUCGUGUAUAUUCGUGAGAUGGUACACACGGAGAGACCCACAGUUAUUCAUUAAAAAUUACAUUGAUGGGCAGCAUUGAGAUGACU